AUGACCGACAUUCUCUGGUCGCACGGGCUGCUGCAGAACGAGCCCGACGACUUCCUUUACAUCCGUUUGUCUGCCCGUGCUCUGUCGUGCGUGCAGGCGUUUCAGGCUCAGGACAUCUCUGACUUUCUCUGGUCUCACGCCAUUCUUGGAAAGGCUCUGGCGCCUGUUCUUGCUGCGAGGCUGCUGGCCCAUAUCAGAGUUCAAGACUUUGGUCCGCAAGAACUAUCUGAGACCGUUUGGUCCAUUGCCAUCUUAUACAGAACAUCUCCUGUCGAUGAUCGCAUCGAAGCAAGGAAAAUAGAUGUAGAACAGCAGCAGCCGCAAAAUCGUGUCUUGCUGUCCAAUCAGACGCUAGGUGAUGAAGAGAGAUUGGACCAGAGCAAGCACAACAAUCAGACCAUCUCGAAUGCAAACAACGUGAGAAGCAUCCUGCACGACACGUGCCAGCAGAUCUGUCAGGCGGCCUUCUCGAAGAUCGACGAAUUCUCAGUCACGAGCAUCUCCAACUUACUAUGGGGGAUGACCUCUUUGUCUGAAACUCUGCCCCAUGGGCAACUUGAGAUGUUCCUUCGGAAAGCAGAAGGCAUCGACAUCAACAGGCAGGACGCUGUACUCCUCCUGUGGUCUGCCGCCAUCUUACAACCUCGAAUCUCGCACGAUCGUCUUGCAAACAUCACCAGAAACCUGCAGAGCAGCUUGAAAGAACGCGGGUGCGAGAACAAGAGCAGAAGCUACAACAUGUGGAAACGAGGAGGCAUGACGAGCAUGACUUGCUGGAGUAUCGCUGUGCUCCGGAUCGAAGACGUGGAGCUGAUUGAGUCGGUUAUGAGGGAAAUCAAGCUGCUGAUCAACGAGUUUCAAGAGAUGGACCUGUCGUUGCUGCAUAUCUUCUUCUUGUCUUGCUCCCUGGACCCAAAGUUGAAGAGAGUUAUUGAACAUAACCCCGACAUGCAUGUAGUCCGAUCAGAAUUGCAAGAGCGAGCAAAGAACUCUUUCCUUAAAGUGAACCUGCGCCCUUCAAAGUUGAGGAAGCAAAUUGCAGAGACGUUUUCUCGCACUGGGAUCCCCUGUAUCGAAGGGAGAGUUGACGUCGAAUCCGGGUAUCGGCUGGACGUGCUUCUGCUUCAGGGGUCGCAACCUGGCGAUCAGUACGUCGUGGAGGUGCACGAUCGGAACUGCUUCCUAGCAGACAGGAAGACACUCAAGGCAGCUAUGCUCCUCCGUUGGCGACACCUAGCAGCUCUGGGAUAUCACUUGAUCGGCAUCCCUUACUGGGAGUGGGAGUCCAUCCUGUCCAAGAGGGAAUAUCUCCUGUCCAAGUUAGCAAGCUGCGGUUCAGCAGAGUACGUAAAGUUGGACUGA